AUGUGUGGCUUUGCCUCCUCCUCGUCUUCUCAUUCCCCUCCCGCAGACAAGCGCUGCGCUACCACCACUGCAGCCAUUCUUCACCAAACUCAGGCACACAAAGGCUUUUCUCACGUCAUGCACCACCGACUCCGCGCCGCGCCGUUUCUCCCACUGCUGCUGCUGCUGCUGACGGUGCACUGCGCUGGCGAGUGCCGCCCCGCUGCGGGCCGCCGGGUGUUCGACGACACGGAGCCGAAGAGUGGCCGGCCGGCGGCUGCGGUGGUGCGUGAGGUGCCGCGGAGGGGGCAGGGCGCGGCGCAGGCGUACACCGUCGCAGCGGCAGCGGCAGGAGGAGGAAGGAGCAGCGAGGACUGGGCGCCCAUCCGCAUCGAGGUGUCCAUGGAGGACCUGGAGCAUAGUAUUCGGAUGAAGGGGAAGACGCAGAGGUACUGCGAAGCAGCGGGGGAAUACGUGCAUCAACUACUUGGGGCAAGAAGUCAAUUGCAAGGCCCGUGA